AUGGCGUCCCCCGUCAAGCCUCGACUAAGGGUUGUACCCAGGUCCGAGUGGUCUGCUCGACCUCCUCAUGACCCUUCCAGCAUCCCUGUCAUGGUCCAUCCUGUGAACAACGUCCUCUUCACCUACACCACGGGCACGCCAUCCUGUGACGACCUGGAGUCUUGUGUUAGAGUACUGAAGGAGAUCCAGGAGAGGCACAUGGAACAAGGAGCUCCGGAUAUCGCUUACAAUUUUCUAAUUGGAGGUGAUCUGGUAGUAUAUGAAGGCAGAGGAUGGUUCAAUCAACCAGAGAAGAACUCCCAACAUCCCGAGAUCGAUGGUCAGUUUGUGGAGAUCGCUUUCAUUGGUGAUUAUACAAAAAAAGUGUUGCCAUACUGUUUGGCGAAAGUGGCUUUGGAGUUGGUGGGAAACAGUAUACAUGACAAAUACAUCGCAAGCACAUACAAGUUGAAGGAGAGCCAUGUUAAACUCAACUUCGACGAAGAAUAA